GUGGAUAAAUAUUUGAAAGAAAUUCUUCAAGAUCUAAUUAAUAGCCUGACUAGCAAUAUGUGGAGAAUUCGAGAAUCCAGCUGUUUAGCUUUGAAUGACUUACUCAGAGGAAGACCAUUAGAUGACAUCAUUGAUAAACUUCCAGAAAUAUGGGAGACACUCUUCAGAGUACAAGAUGAUAUUAAGGAAUCUGUACGAAAAGCAGCAGAACUAGCUUUGAAAACUUUAAGCAAGGUUUGUGUGAAAAUGUGCGAUCCCUCCAAAGGAACAGCUGGCCAGAGGACCAUUGCUGUCCUUUUGCCCUGCCUUCUUGACAAAGGAAUGAUGAGCACUGUGACUGAAGUUCGAGCCCUCAG